GCAAUGGAGUCGUUGACGUUUGUUAAUGGCAGUUAGUGGCAUUCUACAACAGACACCCCUUAAUUACGUGUAAAAAAUAAUUAAAAAUAAAAAUGAGUACUAAAAUGGAAAGAGAUAAGCAAAAACAGUUGCAAGAUAAGUGUCAGAGUGUAUUAAACGAACUGCUAAGGGAUGAAGAUAAUAAAUACUGCGUUGACUGCGAUGCUAAAGGACCACGAUGGGCAUCAUGGAAUUUAGGAGUAUUCCUCUGCAUUAGAUGUGCAGGUAUUCAUCGUAAUUUGGGGGUACACAUUUCAAAAGUAAAGUCAGUCAACUUAGAUGCAUGGACCCCAGAACAAGUUGUGUCAUUGCAACAAAUGGGCAAUUCAAGGGCCAGGGCUGUUUAUGAAGCAAAUUUGCCAGACAAUUUUCGUAGGCCACAUAGUGACACUAGUCUAGAAUCCUUUAUAAGGGCAAAGUAUGAACACAAAAAAUACAUUGCAAGAGAAUGGGUUCAACCACCUCUACCAAAAGUUAAUUGGGAAAAAGAGAUCGAAGAGGAAAUGGAAAGACAGAAACGUAAAAAGAAAACAGUGGUUGAAAAGAAAGUCAUAAGUAUUGUUGAGGUUCCUCAAAUACCAAAACCGAAAAGUAGCAGUCCAAAACCCGCAAGAACAUCAGCAGGUAAUGCAAUUGAUGAAAAGACUGUACAAAAUACGAAUGUGGAUUUAUUGGGAACACAAAAUUCAGAUGAUAACUUUAGCAAUUUUCUGUCAGCAACUACAAAUGAAACCAUUAAAGAAGACCAAAAAGACCAAGAAUCAUUAAAAAAUGAAGAAGAAAAUUUCUUCAAUCAAAUAACACCAACAGAAAAGGAAAAAAUUAAAUUAACAAAAGACAGCAUCCUGGCACUGUAUGGUAGUGCUCCACCAGUAAAUCCAUAUCAGAAUCAAAUCCUUUAUCAACCCCAGCAGCCCUUUCCAGUUGGUGGUAUGCCAUCAGUAGCAAUUCCUAAUUUUCCUGGGUACCCCCAGACAAACAUGCCGAAUGGACUCGUGCAAUAUCCAGCGCCAACAGGGCAAUACCAGCAAUUUCCUGGCCAAUUACAACAAUACAACACCAGCACGCCGUUUCCUACUGCUUACACAGCAAAUAUUCCAGCUGGGCAAUUCACGAACGGCCUACCACCUUCAUCCAGUCAAUUUGCUAAUGUAAAUAAUGUACCAGUUAUGAAUGUGGCACCAUUAGCUAAUGUAAAUUUCCCUAAUCAACAACAGCAACCUGCAGUAAAUCCAUUCUUUGUUAAUCAAGCGAAUUCGGUUCAGCAGCAAUUUGCAAAUUUAUCUUUAGGUAAUAAAAAUGGCACUACACCCACCCAAGUAACAUCAAAUCUUUUUCAGUAAAUCAGUGUCUUGAUUUAUAGAUGAGAUUACUUUAUAGGCCAAUUUUUCGUGCUUUAAUGGUAUUUAAAAAAAAAAUGAAUGAAAUCUAUAAAUAAUUUAUCAAAUAAUUAUUUGCGGUUUCACCUUUGGUAAUUUACAUCAGUUGUUACCGUCCUUUAAGUAAAUUUUAUUAAACUUGCUUUAUUUUUAAUAUGACGAGUACUUUUUAUAUGUAUAUUAUAAUAAGUUGUUAUAGUAUUUUAUUAAUAUUGAAAGUAAUGAACGAAUGACUUUUCAUUCGUUUCUUUUUGCUACGAGAAUUAGACCUGUAAAUUAUAUUAAAUUGUUUUAGCAAUUUUUUUUCGUACUAUGUGAAGCAUUAAAUUAUUAUUCAUAUUACAAGUAUUUAAAUUGUGAUACUUUAUAGAAUUGUGUGAUUAUAUUGUGAUUUACUUUUCCAUUUAUACUUAUAAUAAUCCUCUGUUUUAUUAAAAUUGAAGAAUGUGUUGCAAAUGGAAAAGCAAAUUAAUAUUUAUAAUAAAAUAUUUUAUUCAGUAAUGUUUCUUAUAAGUAUGUAUGAGUAUCAAUGACUUAUAUUUGUGUAGGGAAAUUACCAAAGGCUGUUUUCUUGGAGUUUCCUUCUUUCAAAAUCAAAAUUUGUUUUGUAGUUUUACUGUAUGGGAAAAUACCUCCUGUGUAUUAUAUGUACACUCAAAUAAAUACGAAAGUAUUAUCUUUA